UGAGUCUGAGCCCAUUUGGAAGGUUACUGUUUAAAGUCAGCAUGGAUCAUCCAGGAGGACACCUUGCUGUGGUUCUGUUCUUACUUGUUCUGGUUUCUAUGUCCACCGAAAACAACAUUAUCAGGUGGUGCACAGUGUCUGAUGCUGAAGAGCAAAAGUGUUUGGAUCUAGCUGGGAACGCCACAGCCAGGAACAUCCGCGGACAACUCCUUUGUGUGAGGGGCCAAAGUCCCAGUGACUGCAUGAAGCAAAUUAAGAAUGGCACUGCAGAUGCCUCUACUAUGUAUGCUGAUGAGAUCUACACAGCUGGGUUUUGCUAUGGCUUAGAUGUGGCUGUGGGAGAGUCUUAUAAUGGUGUGGAUGGCAUUAAUUAUUACGUGGUUGCACUGGCACGGACAUCAUCCAGUGAUCUGUCACUACUGGAGAUGCACGAACGCAGCUCCUGUCACCCAGGGAUGCGGACUACAGUGGGCUGGACCGUCCCCAUUGGCUUCCUGGUCAACACAUCGCAGAUCAGCGUGGAUGAGCAGUGCAACUUUCCCCAUGUGGUAGGAGAUUUCUUUGGGUACAGCUGUGUCCCAGGAGUGAAGGACCCAGAACAUGAUCCCAAAGGAAAUAACCCAAGGAACCUGUGUGAGGCCUGCAUUGGGGAUGAGAAUGACCACCACAUCUGCGCCAACAACCCUCGGGAACGGCACUUCGGGGAGGCUGGAGCUCUUAGGUGUGUGGCCGAGAAUCUCGGGGAUGUUGCUUUUGUUAAGCACACUACAGUCUUCGACAACAUGCAGGGUAAGAACCAGGAGUCCUGGGCGUUGGACCUGGAGCUGGAAGACUUGAAGCUCUUGUGUCCUGACGGGAGAGAAGCUAACCUGUUCCAACAUGAGAGCUGCCACCUGGCUGUGGUGCCAACCAAUGCUGUGGUAGUGCGUUUGGAGGACAAAUGCCGUGUUUACAAGUUCUUGGAACGUGUACAGAAUGCAUUUGCUAAUGCCACUGAAGGAUUCUCUCUGUUCAUCUCGGUGAAUUAUGGGCAACCUGAUGUGCUGUUCAGCGAUUCCACAACAAAGCUGCUGCGUGUUAUGGGAACCUACACUUCCUGGUUGGGGCCCAGUUACACCACCAUACUGAAGGCUUUUGAGUGUGAAGGUUUGUGUUAAUCUGAUGAGGAAAGAGGAAACUAUAGAUCUCCCCUCCAUCCUUCUCACACUAAUUCUAAAGCACUCUGUGUUAAGUGUGUUACUCUCGUAUAUGGGCUGAAAGCCAACUCUCGCCUGUACUUUGUAGUACUGCUAUUACUGUUCUGUUCUCACAGUGUUUAUAUGGCUUCAUAUAUCACAUUUACUUGAUAUUACACCUCUUUGGGUCUUUGCCACUAAAGCUAGGUUCCUGCCAUGUGAAAAAUACAAAAAUAAACACUAAAACGUCUAAACUUCUAUGCAGAAAAGCACUGCAGGGGAACACACCACAAACCAUGAAGGGAUUCUGCCUUGACCGUUGUUAGUACAUCCAAAUAAAUUCAUUACAAACCAACAACACAUUCUGCCU